UUGGGCCUCGGCCUCCGGUGAGGCUUCACCUCCAUGGAAGAUGCUGCUCCUGGCUCUUGUCCUCUACGUGGGGUGCGAGGCCUCACUCCCAGAACAUUCAGAAUGCUUUACAGUGAACGGGAAGGACUAUCGGGGAUCUGUGAACCACGCCGGAGCAGAAGAAGUCCCGUGUCUCUACUGGAACCAGACCGUCCAGCACCGCUUCAACACGCAUGCCGACCCAUCCGGAGAACUGGGACUCGGGAGCCACAACCACUGCAGGAAUCCGGAUUCCGAUGUCCAGCCGUGGUGCUACGUAUCCGAGACGGAAGACGGACAAUACUGGAAGUUCUGUGAUAUCCCGACGUGCCACAUGCCCGGCUACAUCGGAUGCUUUGUGGACUACGGCUCUCCUCCGGCUCUCUCGGGGACCAGCGGCACCUCAGGAAAGCUGACCGUCCAAACCUGCAUCCAGUUCUGCCGCAUCAGAGAGUAUCAGUACGCAGGUCUGGAGGCGGGAUACGCCUGUUUCUGCGGCGGUCCUUCCGAUGUCGCCGCGUUGCAGCGGGUCAGCGGCUCCCGGUGUGAUCACACCUGCUUCGGGAAGGCCAGCGAGGUCUGCGGCUUCAAUAGAAUGGGCAGUGUUUUCCUGCACUGUGCUUUCUCUGCAGCAUGGAUCGGGGCCUGCAGCGGGAACUUCUCUUCUAUGUCCGGGGUCCUGUACUCUCCGGACUAUCCCGAUGAAUACAGUCCAGACAGAACUUGUCGGUGGGAUAUUCGCAUCCCGGGGGCGGCCGCCAUUGAGAUGGAGUUUCAUAUCUUUCAUGUUGAAGAUCCGAAUGAUAUUCUAGAGGUGAGAGAUAAACAAGAUGGAAGUCUUCUCAUUCAAAUAAAUGGAGGCCAAGAUCCCCCCAACGCGAUCACCUUCCCGACCGGAGGUCUUCAGAUCACCUUCACGUCUGACCGCACACACAAUGGUCAAGGAUUCGUAAUGACCUACAAAGGUCUGAUGCCCGAAUCUGAGAAGUCUGCCGCUCCAGUUCAUGUGAAGACCAAGAACAGUGAGUUCCACAUUCCUCGUUGCCUGGUACGCUCCCUGUGGACGGCGGGCCCCGGUCCUGGACGGUGA